AUGAAUUUAAGUGCUAGAAGUCCUCGAAAAACAGGCUAUCUUACAAGCAGAAGGCAAAAAUCUAUUCGAUAUAGACCACAUGUUUAUAAAUACACUUUGGAAGCGAAUCCUGAUGCCAUGGUAGUCGUUUAUGCACUUAUGAAUGAAAGAUGUGAAAUGAAUGACAUUGAUCCUCAAUUAUUUCCAUCUAUGCUUCCACUCCUCCGUGAAAAGGAACGUCAAUUAAAAGAAUGGCGUAAUCAACCAGCUUCAAAAACAAUUGCUUCAGCAAUCGAAUUUAUUACAAAUUACAGAUAUUCAGAAGAUCCAAAUCAGAAUCCACAACUAUUAGAACGAGGUUUUACACAAUCAUUAAAAGGUCCGACGCAAGAAGAUGUAGAUUAUGCGUUACAACUACUUAUUUGUGGUCGUAGUGUUGAUCAAAUUGAUCCAUCAGUACGCAAGCAAGUUGGUGUUGCGCUUGGAUUGAAACGAAAAGAAGCUUUACAACAAGGUGAUUAUUUAUUGGCAGAAAAAUGCGUUAAUCAAUCCAGGGCUUUAAUUGCUCUUCAAAAUGAAGAAAGAUAUGAAGAAAUUCAGACGCAAAGAACUGACAUGAUCACUGAAAAAUACAAUCAAUGUCAAAAUGACUUCCAAACUAUUAAAGAGCAAUGGGAUCAAAAGCUCCAAGCUGCAGCAAAGCAACGUGACGAUAGUUUAAAGCAAUUGGAUAUAAAUGAUUCUCUCGAAUUGCAAGAAUUUGACAAAGUUUUUGAUUCUCCAGUACCAUCAGAGUUCCUUAAGCCAAGUUCCACUCUUUUGCAACUUAAAUGUCGUGAACAAUACAUGGUUUCUUCUGGAAGAUACGCCGAAGCAAAUGAUGUUCGAAGCCAAGCUUUGGAGCUUGAAGCCCAAGAGAAAGAAGCUGGCAAAAAACGUUAUCUAGCAGAAUUAAACCUUAAACGCCAAGAAUUCAUUAAAAAACAACAAGAUAAACAUGCAGCAAGAGAAAUGGCGAUUAGAAACCAAUACGAUAAGACUGUUGCAAGAGCUGAACUAGAGUGUGAAAGAGCUUCAAAAAUGGCUCAUAAACUUGAAGAUAAAAUUGAUGAAAUUGACCGAAAUGCAAUGAUGGCAGCAAGAAGUACAAAGAACAGAUCUCUUAACGAUGCUCCAGAUCCAAAAGCCCAAGCAGCUCUAUUUAGGCAAAGAGCAAAAAUUAAUACAAUUGUUUAUACUAAAACCAUAACUCCUCGGAACAGAAACACAAAUACCAUCACCAACCAACUGUAUAUGUGA